AUGUCAUUCACCAUGUUCUUCCUCAUGUCUGCUUUCCUCCUUUCUUGCAUGUUCAUCUUUUUAACUAUCAAUGGGAAAAUUUCGAGCAAAAGCAAUAAACCACCACUUCCACCUAGUCCAUUUUCCUGGCCUAUAGUCGGAAACCUUCCUGAAGUGUACACAAACAAGCCUGUAUUCAAAUGGGUAGAGGGGGUAAUGGAAAAACUGAAAACAAAUAUAGCCUGCAUCCGUCUGGGCAGAGUUCAUGUAAUAGUGGUAGUUUCACCAGAACUCGCCCGAGAAUUUCUGCAUAAACAUGAUUCUAUUUUUGUGUCAAGACCUAUAACCAUGGCUACUGAAUAUGCAACCCGGGGAUUCUUGACAACGGGACUUUCUCCAUGGGGAGAACAGUGGAAGAAAAUGAGAAGGCUU